AAUCAGACUUCCUCUGCACUCUUCACUCAUAGUGAAAAUCAUCCUAUCCUUGUGGCUUAUUGCAACACAACACUUCCAGACUAUACCACAGAGAGAGACAGAGUACGAGUGAUGGAUGAGCUGAGACCAAGACCAGCAAACUCUUAUGCUCUAACUCCUGUAGGCUUUCUGGACAGGGCAGCGAUAGUGUAUGGUGAUUGCCCCUCCAUCAUCUACAAUAACAUAUCCUACACCUGGUCCCAGACCCACCGUCGAUGUCUCCAACUGGCUUCAUCUUUAUCAUCCAUCGGUCUGAACAAGGGCCAUGUCGUCUCUAUCUUAGCCCCCAAUAUCCCUGCCAUGUACGAGCUCCAUUUUGCAGUCCCUAUGGCCGGCGCCAUCCUCAACACCCUCAACACUCGCCUUGACGCGCGUACCAUCUCCCUCCUCCUCUGCCACGCCGAAUCCGAGCUCCUCUUUGUAGAUCCUAUGUCUGUCUCCUUAGUCAAUGAAGCUAUCUCCCUGCUUCCAUCCAGCGCCAAACCUCCACUUCUCGUCCUCAUAGCCGAUGAUGAUGAGGUCCUCCCCCAACAACCAUCACCUACCAUUCACUUCUACGAUACCUACGAAGGGUUGUUGGAGAAGGGUGAUCCUGCCUUCAAGUGGACCCGUCCCAAGAAUGACUUUGACCCUAUUGUACUGAACUACACAUCAGGCACGACCUCAUCCCCUAAAGGCGUGGUGCACUGCCACAGGGGUCUCUUCAUCGUGACCCUUGAUUCGCUUGUUGACUGGUCAUUCCCGAAACAGCCUAUCUUCUUGUGGACCCUGCCCAUGUUUCAUUCCAAUGGAUGGAGCUAUCCCUGGGGGAUGGCUGCCGUUGGCGGAACCAACAUCUGUGUCCGUAAAUUCGAUGCACCCACCAUCUAUGGUUUGAUUAAAAAGCAUGGGGUGACUCACAUGUGUGGUGCACCUGUGGUUCUCAACAUGCUAUCAAACUCUCCUACCAAUAUGGAACCUUUAAAGCAUCCAGUCCAUAUUAUAACAGCCGGGGCUCCACCACCGGCCACCAUACUCUCCCGCACGGAGUCCUUGGGGUUCGUAGUGGGACAUGGUUAUGGGCUGACAGAAACUGGUGGGAUUGUUGUCUCGUGCGCCUGGAAACGGCAGUGGAAUCUUUUUCCGGCAACUGAGAGAGCGAGGCUGAAAGCAAGGCAAGGUGUGAGAACAGUUGGAAUGACUGAGGUGGACGUGGUGGAUCCUGUGACAGGAAUGAGCGUGAAACGAGAUGGAUUAACACUUGGUGAGAUUGUUCUAAGAGGUGGGUGCAUCAUGCUGGGUUAUCUCAAGGACCCAGUAGCUACAGCCAAGUGCAUGACAGGGAAUGGUUGGUUCUGCACUGGAGAUGUAGGUGUGAUGCAUCCUGAUGGUUAUUUAGAGAUCAAAGAUCGAUCGAAGGAUGUCAUAAUUAGCGGUGGAGAGAACUUGAGCAGCGUAGAGGUUGAGUCAGUGCUGUACACAUUUCCAGAUAUUAACGAGGCGGCGGUUGUGGCACGACCCGAUGAGUUUUGGGGCGAGACGCCCUGUGCGUUUGUGUCUUUGAAGGAGGCCUGUUGUAGGAUCCCAACGGAGAAGGAAAUCAUUGAACAUUGCAGGGGCAGGUUGCCACAUUACAUGGUGCCCAAAACAGUGGUUGUUAAGGAAAACCUGCCCAAGACAUCAACUGGGAAGAUCCAAAAGGCUGUGCUUCGUGACAUGGCCAAGGCAAUGGGCUCGUCAAGAGCCAGUCGCAUGUGAAUGCAGCAGUUCAUUAAUUACUUUUAUUUAAAAAAAAAAAAUCAGUUGUAUGAAGAAAGCAAGCUGGAUUGCAUAGUUAAAACUGUAUCCGUGUCCUGAUACCGGCAGAAAUGUGUCGUGUUCUUGUGUGUGUGUGUGUGCGCGUGUGGCGUGAAGAUAUUGCAGUUUGUUUCCUUCUGUCUUUGAUCAAUCGAUUCAAGAGUUCAAUUAUUAAAUUUUUUUUUUUGGAAGCGAUUAGUUCAAUUAAUUUGGGUUUUGACUUU